UUUUAAUUUACAAAGUAAAUAUUUUUAUCAUAAUUUUACAAUUUAUUUUAAGCAAGUUUCAGUAAAAACUUAUAAAUUUAGCAAUAAUUACAGAAAAGUAAGCUUGAAGCUGAAUUUACUAAACUAUAAAAUACCAUCAAAGAAUUAUAAGGCUAAUUUUAGAUUUAAAAAGGCUGUAAUAAAGGAAUGUAAAGUAAAGAAUAUUAUUUUUGGAAAUAUGACAUCAGCUUAAUGAACAUUAUUUCUGCGAUAUUUUGGUUUUAUCUGAAUGAUUUUAAAUUGUUUGAAAAAUCGAUUGAAGUGAAUGCAAUCUUAAUUAUCCAUUUAAUUUAAUCUGUAGUUCAUUUUAUCCCUUAUAUAUAAAAUAAAGGAAACUCGAUAUAGCAUUGGACUAUUGUUUUAUUUUUAAUUAUUACAACUGUUUUAGCUUUUUAGUUAAAAUAAUCUGUAAAUCAUUAUGAUGAUGAUAUUGAUUAGACAUAAUUUAAUAAUUAAAAUAUUUUGUAUACUUGGUAAAUACAAAGCUUGAUAUAGUUAUUCAUAGUAUUAAAACUUAAAUAUAGAAUGCUUCUAGAUAUGUAGAGGGUUAUUGAUAUCCCAUUUUAUACUGUUAUAUUGAUAAUAUUAAUUUAGUAAAUUCUUAUAGCAGUUCUUUACACAAGUGCGAUGCUAAUAACAAUUGCUUUAGUAGUUUAUAUAGGUAUUUGCUAUUAGUAAAUUAGCUAUAAAAUUGAGCGAAAGAUAUUAUUAAAGGAAUUCAACUUCUACUAUAUAAAUAAAUUAGAAAAAAAUGCAUGUAUUCAAUAUAAUUAUUCUAGUAAAAAAGUCUAAACUUAGAAGUAAAAAAUUUUAUAAAAUUUGAAUGAUAUUACUUAAUCCACCAGUGAAAAAUAAGAAGAGUUUGGUUCUUCAAACAUAAGCAGUUAGUAGAAGAAAUCAGGAAGCAUAGUCCAUAAAAGCGAUAUAGAAGUUAAUUUAAACAUAAAUAAAGAUAAUGGAGAUUUAGGUUCUAAAUUAAAAAAUAAGUAUUAAACAAAUAGUAAAAGAUUCAAUGCUGAAUCAUUUAAAUUUAAGGAUGAGGAUAUUAGAUUCUUGCAAAAUGAAUUUGAACAGGCCAAAAAUAAAUUUAGCAUAGAAUAUAAGAAAUAGAAAUCAUUUUUAAAUAUAAUUAAAGAAUAGUUUUGCUAUGGUAGAUAAGUUAUAAAUAGGGAUCUAUACAAGAAGUACCAGAGCCUUUAAAUAAAUAGUGGUAUUCACAGAUUGAAAGGGAGUUUACACAUAAUUAAAUUGCCAGAUAACUAGGAGUAUGGGAUUAUUUUGUUUAAGCAAUCAGAAUAGAGAAUAGUCGAUUUAUAUAUUUAGCGCAUAGAAUAGGUUUAGAAUCAUAUUACAUUGAUAAGUAAAGAACUUAGCUAUAUGACUGCUAAUUCUAGUAUGCCUAUACCUCAUUCAUUAGAUAAAAGUGAUAUUGUUAUUAAUUAAACUAGAACUCAUUAAUGUAUAGUUGAUCUUAAUCAAGAUAACGGGAUAGCUAAUUCUAAAUCCAUUUAACCAACUAAAAAUUAAAUUGAAUCUCCAGGUACCCUAGCCUCGCAUUCAAACAUAGAAAUGACACCUUACAUACAAAAAAGAUAGACAGUAAAUCAUUACCAAAGUUAGAGCUAUUUCAAUAUUUAUCAUAACAAUCACUCGUUUACUAACAUCAACUGCCUAAACGAUAUUAAUCCAUGUAUUAGCAAAACCAUUUAAACUUAAAUGCAAGGAAAUUCCUUCUAUGCAAAGCAUUUUUCCCUUAAUAAAAAUUCAACAAACACAAAAAAUUUAACAUAAAUAUAACAAGUGUAGCAAUAAACUCAAGAUUUAUGCUAAAAUUGUGCAAGCAAUUAGCAGUUUUCUUUGCUUUAAUAGUUAAUUAAAUGUCGCUUUUAAAUUUAAAUUUUAUUAAAUGACUUAAGAGAAUACUAACUCAGCUGCUUAGAGCUUUAAUACCCUAGAUAUAAAAAGUAUAAAACAAAGUGGAUUUCACAUGAAACAAAGUAGAGAGAAAAUUAUGAAAAUGAACAUUAAAUUAACCAAACAGUUGUUUAUCAAUAAUUCCAAAAAGAUGUCUACUAACAACAAUAAUUAAUUUACUUUUCAAAUUUCGCUUUUUUAGAUAUUCAAGUCUUAGACUACAUCUUUAGUAAUGAUAUUUAAUUGUAAGCAAAUAACAAAAAGUGUAAAGGAGUAUAUGACUCCGUCGUAAAUAGAAUUGAAGAUAUUUAUUAAUAAAGAACUUCAAUUACAAACCUUAAAAUAUUGUUAGAUUUUUUCAUUAAAAUUUUAUCAGUCGGUGAAAAAAACUUCAACAUGUCUCUUGAAUAAUUUUCAUACAUAGACUCUGGCUUAUUAUAAGAGCAAGAGAAGUAGCAAUUUAGAUAAGUAUAUGGGGAUUAACUAAUUGAAGAAAACAGUGAUAAAGUCGCCGCUAAUUACUAGAAAACACAAACUACUGGGGUAUUUCAUUAAGCCUAAUAAGGAAUUUCUAAUUAAACAUCUCCACUAAUCAGUAAAACUGAAAGAACUAAUUUUUUAUUUUAAGAAGAAGACUUAGAAACUUACAAAGAUAUGAUAUUGUCAAUUAUUUAGCAAAUAUUUUAUCUCUACAAAGAUAAUUCAAGUGCUAUUUCAAUGCAAGUGCAUAGAUUUUAUUCAAAGGAAGGUAUUUUUAAUCCUUAAUUAAUGUUCAGAAAGCGCUACCUAAAAGAGGUGAUAAAGUCAUAUUUAAUUUUAGAAUAAAAUAGAUAAAAUUAAAAGAAUAAUUAGAAUUAAAUAGGAAAUUAGUAACUCAGUUAGCAAUUUUAUGGAGCUAAGAAUUUAAAUAUCUAAAAUGUCAACUAAAAGUCUCCUUAAUAUAUAGCGUAAAAAAGAAACUCAUUUCAAAUGUAGCAUGAUAAAAAAUAAAAUGAAAUUUAACUCCCAAGUAUAUCUAAUAUUUAGCACGCUAGUAGUAGAAUCUAGCCUUAUAAACAAAUAAACUUUCAAAAUCCUAGUUAAUAUAAUGAAUAAACUUAUAAUAAUUAAGGUGCAUUAGAUACUCCUUUAAAAAACUAGUUAAAUUAACAAGAUAGCCAAGAUAUAAUUGACAAUAUCUCAUAUUAGAAACAACAAUAAACUUUAAAUGGUGCAAAUAAAAAUUUAUUAAUAAAUUAAAUGUCUGUUUAAGUUUCAUAAGCAAUGAGUAAUUCUUACUAGAACAAUACUCACUAAGAAAAAAAUAAUGGAAACUACAAUCAGAAUAGUAUCCAACCUUUUUUUGCCCAAAUGUAAUAGUAAAUAACUGGAAAACACGCGUUUUAAGUGACGAGCAUGAAUGACAUAAAUUAAUAGUCAAUAAUACAAAGUGGUAUUUAGAAUUAAGAAAUAAAAAACAACAACACUAAUAAUACCUAGCAAAUAGCAAAUGACUAAAGCAUAAAUUUUAAUGCAAUAGGAAGCUCAAGGGAGGCUUAAUAAAUUGAUAACUAAUAUAUUGAAGAAAUUAUAGAAUAAGAAAAAUAUAGAAAAUUGAAACUUGUUAGAGUGAGUAUCAAAAUAGACUAGAGUAUACCAAAUGAUGAAUUGACAUCGUAGAUAUCAAAAGAAACGAAUUGCUUAACUCAAAUAGAAGAAUAUGUUUAAUAUUUAUCUCCUUUGCCAUUAUUUUAUAGCAAAGAAAAGAAAGAUGCAACAAUUAUACAUACUUAUAGCUUUUACAUUUAAAAUUAUUUGUAUUUAAAUAACUUAAUGAGUGAAAACGAUAAUUAAAAUCAAAGAUCUUUGAUGAAUUUAGAUUAAAAGAUGGAUUAAAAUAAUAAUCAAGAUAUUGUCAGCUUAGAUGGUUAGCCUUUUGAGUAAAAUCAAAUAAGCUAACCUGCUUUUGAAAAAAAAUAAACUUAAAAUUUAAGGGAAGAUAACAAUUUACCCAUUACCAUAACCUAAGCUGUUAAAGAAGGCUAAAUUAAAUUAAAUUAAUAAACUCUUUUUUAGAGCUCUAGACAAAAUUUUAAUGAUGAACUAUUUCAAAAUGCUAAUAAUCGUGCUUCAAAUACUAUAAGUUUCUAGUAAAGUCAUGACAACAUUGAAUCAGCAACUGAUAGAAAAUUCUUGUAGAGCCAUAAUAAUUUAUAAAUCCGAGAUUAAUAAAUAUCAUUCAAUGGUAAAUAUGGUGGAGUAUAAACGCCAUUCUAAGAAAUUAAUUAAGAUUACACAUAAAUUGAAAUUUAUCCAAAAGAUUAUGAAAAUAAAAUGUAUUCUAACAUCAAUAUUAAUGGGCAUAAUGAUAUAAGCAAUAUAGGAUUCACUGAUAGAUAAGUGGAAGAGCCCUCAGCUGAAAGAAAACUUUCCAAAAAUAUGGAAAAACUUUCAGCCAAAUAAGAAUAUAAUGCAAGCUAAAACCUUUUGUUGUUGGGAGAUAGAUAAAAAUAUCACAAAAAUAUUUAGAAUUUUGAUAAUUUAAAUAAAAAUGUUUUGUAUUAACUGCAUGAUGAGAACGACACAUGCAUUUAAGAAAAUAUAAGAGAAAGAGAAAAAUCAUCCGAUAACUUUGUUAACUAAGUGAGAGAUUCGAAAAGCUUAAUUAAAAAUAAUCAAGUUUAAGAAAAUUAGAGCUAAUGCUCAGAUUUAGAGUACAAUAAAGAUGUUAUGGAUGAAAGAGAUGAAAAAGAACUCUCAGUCAUCAUAGAGAGAAGUGAAUAAAAUUAUUCAAAUAUAAAUCAUUAUAGAAAUUAGCUGAGCAAGCAAACAUCUUCUAAAAUUAAUGAUUUUCCUUUUCUAAAUCAAAAUCCUGUAUAUAGUUUCUUAAAUUAGAAGUCUUAAUUUUAAAGUUAGCUACUUCCAGAAGAUCAUAAAUAGACUUUUUCAAAUAACUUUUCUAAAAACAAUUAUGGCAUUGAAAGUGAGAACAGGAGCAUAAUUCACCCUAAUAUUAUAGGGAGUGUAUCUCAAUAAUAUAUUUAAUAAUUAAAUAGCAACAUAUCAAAAGAGGGUAAUUUGAUAAAUUUUACAUCACAAUAUUAUGAUAGUAAGCUAAAUAAAGACGGCAACCAAAUAAAUUAUUUUUCUCAAAACUGCGAAAGUAAAUUAAAACAAUCAAAUUGA